AUGGCAUCCAAUGGCUACCGGCAGCCGGAGCAUGACGAUGAGCGGCAAGACGAUCUCUACCACCAGGUGGAGUCCAAGUGGCGGGCAGUUCGCGACUACGAGUCCUUGCUCCGGGCACCUCUGUCUGAAGAGGACUGGGUCCAAGAGCUCCUGGUGGAUCCGGAGGCGGACGCGCGCUGCGUCCGUGUGGAGGGCGGUCGGGACGCCUACCGAUUGAGGGGGCCCGUCGAUGACGACGUCUUCAUCUUUCCUGCGGCCUUAGGACUUCAUCAGCAAGUGCGCCUGCUCUCCGGUUUGAUGGAGGACUGGGCGCCUCCUCCCAACCGAAGCAACCUGUGGCCGGUGGAGAGUGAGGAGAAGGAGCAGGGCGCCGGCCGCCUCCGAGAAGCCCUGAAGGGCUUCCUGCAGACGCCUUCCAAACAUGAGGAGGCUUCAUCCGUCGUGGAGCGCCUUCGCUGGGUGACGUUGGGGCAGCACUAUGACUGGUCCACGAGGACGUAUCUGCAUGGGGCGGACACGGCGAAGCUUCCGCAGGAGCUGGUGGAGUGUGCCAAAGAGGCCACUCGCCAGCUCGCCGAGGCAGGCGAAGGCUCCGCAGACUGCGAUUUCGAGGCUGCCAUCUGCAACUUUUACCACGCCGCUCGGCGUCCGUCAGAUCGCCUGGGCGGCCAUCGCGACGACGUGGAGCCGGAUACCGCCUCGCCCUUGGUGACGGUUAGCCUGGGCCUCCCCUGCAUCUUCCUGUUGGGGAAGGGGAGCCGGGCAGCUCGCCCGGUGCCUUUGCUGCUCCGCGCAGGCUCACUGCUGGUGCUUGCUGGCGCGGCACGGCAGGCAUACCACGGCGUGCCCACCGUGCUUGUCCCUCCAAAACUACAGCUACGCGGCCGGGGGCCGCGAAAGCAGCCGGAGACCCCUGCAUCCACACCGUGGCUUGGGCUUUCAUGA